CCCAGCAUUAUGGGCAUAAGGAUGAAGGCGAAUUUUCAUGACAAUUCAGCACUGCAUGCUUGACGAGCAGCAGACGACAAGGAAGACUCGGAGCGGUUGGACAAAAGCGUCAGAAAGUGUCAAAAAAAGAGGGAUAUAUUUUCCAAUCGCUACUGAAACGUAGUGAACAAUUGAAGGAACGUAAUUUGGAAAUUGUUGUCUCUCAAAGAUAUGAUAGAAAAUCUCGCAGCGAAAUUAUGUUUGCUUCUGUCGGAAAACGCCAAUGCAGCAGAACAAUGGAAACUACUUGGGCAAGAGAAAGACGGCUCGAUACUUAUCGGAUGGGUGGAGGAAUCGGAGAAAAACGAUGCAUGCACUAUAGUCGGCCGUUACGACCAGAUUGACAACAAAUUACAAGUACUGCAUCGUUUUUCGGAAGUACUGAACAUUGUUCAAGCUACGAUCAAUCAAAGUCACACUCUACUGGGAUAUGUGACAAAACAGAAGAAUCAUCUGGAGAUGUCGGAUACCACAGAGGAUCAUUAUUCAGAUCACGAGCACGAGUCCCAUGGAGAAUUCUAUAGAGUAUUCAUUGUGGAGUUAACUACCGAUGAUACCAAAGUGCAUAAUCUAAAGAUAGACAGGUCUAAACAAGUGAGGAUACAAUUUCUAUACAGAGAAAAGGAGCAGCCAAGUGUGGACAAGUUUCUGGUGCUGAUACAUCAUGAAUGUAUUUUAACAUACACUGUUCAUUUCGAUACAUCUGUAAGCCACUUGCGACCGAUAAAGGAACUGAAAUCUGAAACACUUGUAAAAACGUUCAUAUGGGCUCAAUGGGACAUGAUUAAUCAAGUUCUUUACCACAUACAUCAUCGACGAAUUCCCGCGAGCGUGGUCACUGAAAAUGACGAUGAGAAUAAUUCUAGGUCUUCGAAACCAACUCUCAGUGGUCUUCAAUUUCACGAUGACUUGCCUCAUGAAACUGUGCUGAAUAUCCCACUAAACUUACCGCUACUGUCGCCGUCCUCUAGUUGUGGAACUUACGAAGAUGACGUGAUACCCCUACGAGUCCACGAUUGUUCCCUAGAUCUCAUAGUAGUGUCAGACACCAAGGGAAUGGUCUGCGUUUGUCACUAUUAUCUUUACCGACCCGUACAGCCGCCGCAGCAUGUACUUAACUCCCUGAACGAGUCCAACACGGUACAUUUUGCGUAUUCUGUAACAUUACUGCACCACAGUUGCGUGAUCCACUGCGUUAUACCGGGUAUAACGUGGUCACGCGCCAAGUUGAUGAGGCCAACUUUCGCGAUCUACGAGAGCCAUCACAUGAUCGUGUUCGUGCCGGGAUUGUUCGCGCAUCUUCUCGAAAUCGGCGUGAACCACGAGCCCUGCUGCCACAUACUGUGCAGCCCACCACCGUCGAUUCCAUCUCGCGUCUCCUAUCUGGUACCGUUACUCGACUUAGAUAAUGUUAAUAAAGGAGCGAGAAAAAAUUCUCAUCACAACAUCUCAGACAGCAAAAGUAGUAAUUCGGAAGGAAAUAAUCUACUCGCAAAUUCUAACACGAGUAUACUGACAAUAGAUUUACCUACUUUGGAUCUUGUGCAGUUGACGAUUCCUCCGGAUUUUCUCAUCGAAGUUUUUCGCAAGGAAACCUCGGUAGAAGUUCGCUUGGGGAUACUUCAUUAUUUUCUUUGUUAUAAAAAUGACAUAGAAGUUAUCGCGGAGUUAAUGUCCAUAAUCGCCGAGAAACCGCGCUCAUUGGAUAUUCCGCGGUUUAUGCAGGAAAUUCUAAUAGGCAACUCUUAUGCUUUAGUGCAAAAAAAUCUCCUCGCGGAUACCAUUCCCUUGCUGUCCCUGUUACCUGUUACUACCGUAGGGGAUUAUAUGACUUUCGAUAUAAAGAUGAAUGAUUUGGAUAUCACAUUGAGUCACGAGAAACUCUGGAACACAUCAGUAAUGUUACUUUCGCCGCAGCAAAGACUCGUUCCUUAUCGUAGCGAUUUAUGGACUAGACUGUGGGAUCAAUUGAGUAAAAAUGGUGACAAACUGAGAUUCAGACCUAGUCAUAUUACAGAGAAACUGUUAGUUUCUUUAGCUUGUUAUCAACCAGAAGCGUUGUCAAGAUGCAGUACUCCAAUGUCUCCAAGUGGAGGAUUUGUUGCAAUGCCGCUUGGAGACUUUAUGGGCAAUCGGAAUAUCAAGUUGGACUCGGGCUUACCGUUUAACGAAACGGAAAGUUGCACUGCUUCGAAACAAGAGCACAUUGUAUCUGUUAAUUUGCGAGAACUUUCAAUGUAUCUUCUAAAGAACGGCACGCACACGUCGACUAUGCACACACGUGGUUCUUGUACUCCGUUGCAUGUUCAUGCCAUGGCCACAAGAUACGUUGCUGCGCAAUUGGAAUCUUCGCGUAUAUUAUGCCAAAUACUUUGCAGAGCAGCCGGUGUUGAUCCGAGAAUUGAGCAGGAACGUGGCUUUAAUCUCGUAGACCAAUUAGAUGAAGCUAGACGAUGGUUGCUGUUUAUGCUCUUACAGCGAUAUAGAUACGCUACAGAGAGCAUCGCUUAUCCAGUACCACAGGGAUUUGCAUCGUUUUUUACUUAUCUUGGCUACCGUACUCUCAAAUACUCCAUGUUUCUGCAAUACAUUGAACGCUCAGUAUUUGAACUUCAAGUUGAUGUCACCAAAGUUAUUUUAGCUGAUAUCAGUGAUACAAAAGAAAAUGUCGUUCAGAAAUUAAAAUUGUUGUCCUUAUUGCCAAGAUCUCGUGCGAAAAGACUCUUGAAUCAAUGGCUGCAUCCAGUUAGUUUAAUGUUGCGAGCCAGAGAACACGCCGCUAAUAUUCUGUGCGGUGAAGUAUCCCAGAGUCGAAUUGGCAGUCGGACUUUACAACAUCGUAAUCAUCAUAACAGUUUGGCAGCAUUUCCUUCGGCAGAUCGUUUGUCGCCAUUAGAUACCUUUUUGGAUUUACUUACUGCAAAAGCUAGUCUUACAGAAUUAGAUUUCGGGCUAUUGAUAGAAGCGACAGUAACGUCUACCGAAGACUUUCUCUAAUGUAAAUUAAGUAAUAAUCGAAAAAUUUAAGUAAAAAUUUAGUAAUAAUGAAAAAAUGUCUUUUAAAUGUGUCGAUUGAUUCAAUGAUUACUGAAUCAAUUAGAUGGCAAAUUUACUUACGAUUUCUGUAUUUGAGAUUGCAUCUACCUAAAACUUUUAUAAUUCUAAAAUCUGUUAUAUGAAAUUAGUUUUUUAAUUAAGGAAGGAUAAUUGCAAGUACUUAAAAUUAUAAAUUAAAUUUUUUUUUGGCUCGUAUUUUUAAUUAUACAAAAUAGGUUAAUCAACGAGCGAAGUGAGAUGUUAUUUUCUUAAUAACUUUCUAACUAUAUAUAUAAUUGUAUAUUAAAAAUUACAGACCCUUUCGACUAAGUUCUCUUCAGCUGUUAUAAACACAUAUUUUCUUAAUUAAAUAAUCUUUUUAAUUAACAAAUUGACAUAAAUUGAUGAGAUAUCACGUUUACAACUAUUCGUACCAGUAAUUUUAUAAUACUCAUAUAAUAGGUAAGGCUCUAAUAAGUUUACAAUUUAUAGCGGAAGUGUGUAACAAGUUUAAAAUUUGGUCACCUAUGUAAAAUUUCAUGUUUAAUUUGUCGUUGCAUUACGAGAAUUUAUUGACUCCAGUGAUACAUAAAAUUAUUUGGAAGAGUUACCAAGAAGUCAGUGUCAAUGACUCAUGCUAUUCGUUAAUAAUUGUAGGUUACUUAUUUGGUACAAUUCAACUUAAUUGUCGGAUAGACAUCGACCUUUUAUCUCAACGGUUUCCAAUAUGCAAGUCUUACAAUUAUUAAUAAUUUUUAUAUUCAGAAGAAUCUCUAAAGUAGCAAGUGCCAUUGAAAUUUAGUUACCAUUAGUGAUUAUGACACUUAACGUUAAUAAGUGAAAGUAACAGGAAUCCAGUUACUUUGUAAGCUUAAGUACUGCAUAUUGCAGAUGUUUAUAAUUACGUUUUAGAAGUUUUCGCCUUUUAUGCGAAUAAUUUUUGUCUUAGCAUGGAUCGCUAGUUAAAAAAUAAGAAAUAAUUAUUAUAAAUACAAUUUAUUAGAAAGCAUUUAUGCUGUUGUUACUCUAUGUUUUUUAUAUUUUUAUCAGCACGUUUCUGCGCAAGCAUCACAAGUGUGUGGGAGAAACUUACAUUAGAUAAUUAAGUGAAUCGUAAUAUUAAGUUUUGUUGGUGCACAUCUUUUAUAUAUGUGAUUUGAUAUUGUCGAUUUUUAGUAUGUAAAAAACAUGUGAUAUAAUGAAUUAUAAAUAUGCGCAACUAGCGUGAUAUAUCUAUUAUUGGUGUACAUGAGUAUUAUAUUGACAUCAAUACAUAUUAUUAUAUAUAUUCAUUGUUAAAUUUAAAAUUAAUUAUGUAAUAUAAUAUACGAUCCCCCUAAUUUUAUGUGUCCACAAAGAUCGUAAAAUAAAAUUCAAAAAUACAUGCUGAAUACAGAAUUUAUCAAUAAAAAGAAAACAGAUUAUAAUAAAAA